GGCGGCUACAGGGCUAUGGGUCGAGGUAUUGGUCGAGGAUCAAGACCAGGCUUCUUUCCAAACAAGCACUUCCAACAUUCUCGACCAAACUUCCCGGCAUCUGAUUUUGUCAAUGGCUGGCAUCCAUCUAGCUCCCAGACAAGUACACCGAACUGGAAACCUCGCAAUAUCAACCCGCUUCCUCGGACCGGCCCGUCCUUGAGACAGGAACCUGCCAUGAAUCCAUCGUAUCGUAGCGAAAGCUCGCCUCAGCAUCCGAAUAGUCCACAGAAGCGGAGGCUCGCGAAAAAUCGUGUUGAGCUGACUUUGAUGCCUCCCAAAGAGUGCUCGGAAGGAUACCCUGAUUAUCAGGCAGCCCGGAUCGCGUGGGCGGAAAAGGAACGCGUGCGUCUACUGCGAGAGGGGCAUCAUGUCCUCUACCACAAGUUUUUUGAUGGACGCGUACGCUUUAUCUGUGACAGCACUCCUGUAAAUGGCGCUUUUGGAGCUCGUCCUGUAGAAGACUCCAUCGAAACUCGCAUAUCGGGGCCACGUCAUGCACACCACCCAAGCUUGUCAUUGGGGGAGCCUGUGCCACUUUCUCUGCCACUAAUUCGUCUAUCUCCCGCCAUUCGCCCGCUGGUUUGGGCCGUCAAUACUAUGGUAGCCUAAGACAGUUUGAAAAGUCAGCAGCCCAGGAACCUCAUCCUUUCGGAUUUUCUUCAUCCCCUCGCAUUGGACCUACCUCACAGUCUCACUUCUCGACUCCUGAAAUUGACUUGUCGGCACUCAUUGCGAUGGAUGGCUCUCACGAGAUCAUAGACCUCACCGGGGACGACCCAGCGGAGCGCAUUAUAGAAACAGA